CUCGCGAAGAAUCCGAAGCUUGGUUCCUGGCCGUAGGCGUGGCCCCAGAUAGACACCAUCCAAUAAGCGGUGACGUUGCGCAUCCUUAAGCGCCGUAAUACGGAAAAAAUAUUGACCGCACAGAUAUCCGUGCGGUCCAUUUGAGGCCGUGGAAGAGGGCGCCAUCCCCCCUUUUCUUCCCAGUGGUAGUGGUAGGGGGAACGGUAGUUGUGUUAGACCCCCCCCCGACCCCACUGGAACCGUGGUAGUCACCUCACGGAAGGAUCAUUAGACGUUUAUCCUUAGUGCGGAGCAGUGCAGUGAUUCGACAUCAUUAUCGCGAGUGAUAAUAUCCAUCAAUCAUAAACUACCAAUCAUUUAGCCGUUGGAUGGUCUUGAGCUGAUGUCCUGGAUGGUACCAAAUUCUGCUUGAUGAUGGAGAGCUGCGAUCCAUCAGCUCAGACCUACGAGGACUCUUCAGACCCAAGCGAAAGCAGCCACUUUGACUCUAACCUGAUCAGCUACAGUCCAAGUGACCCCAAGUUGACCGGUUUGAACUUAUCAGUCUGUCGGAAGGUCAAUCCAGGUGUCAGGGUCCUCGAGAAGGAACCUGCUGAUCAUCCGAAUCCUAGACCAGUUGAUCUCCAGCCUAGAGCCAUUCAAAGCCAUGGUCCUGGUCAUCAACACCAUCAACACCAUCCGCCCCACCAUCAAUUCGACCACUUUGGCCACGACCUGUCGCUGUUGAAGCCCAAGAACUUCCAGUUUGAGCGGGCUCACGUGCUAAGUGAUCACCCGGACCUGGACAAGGAGUACGGAACCACCAGGACCAGGAGACAGAAACUUGCUGGAGAGUUCAAGGAGUUUGGACUGACCAAAAAUUACAUGAUGAAGGAGUUUGGGUUGGUGGACCACCAAGGUAUGAUGGGUGUUGGACAUAUGGGGAACAGGAUCAUGGACGGCUCAGCUUGCGAGUUCAGGAGCGGAUUGGGAGUUCAGAGAGCUCCUAAUGAACAUAGUGCUGAGAGAAGACAGCUUCUGGGGGCUAUUGAUUUCGGGCAAAACGUGUCCUUGCCUAACAGGAUGGUCAUUCAUCACCAGCCUCAGCAGCAGCAGACGACUUCCUUUACUAUUGAUGCUAUUCUGGGGAAGAAUAGCCAGCGAGAAAAGUACCAGAGGUGCGCUGUUGGGAACCGGAAACUUUCCAGGCAAGAGUGUCACCAGGAACUGAAAACCAGUCCCGUGUCAUCCUGUUCGCGAGUGGUCACCGACCUGAACAUGGCCAAUCCGGGAAAAACGAAACGCGUUCGCACAAUCUUCACCGCGGAACAAUUGGAACGGCUAGAAGGCGAGUUCGCCAGGACCCAGUACAUGGUAGGACCAGAAAGACUGUACCUGGCCCAUUCCUUGCGGCUGACCGAGGCCCAGGUGAAGGUCUGGUUCCAGAACCGGCGGAUAAAAUGGCGAAAGGUCCACCACGAACAGCAGACCCAGCGGGUCAACGAACUAAGACAAAGGUCGCUGUCGUCUUUAGAGGACGACGAUUGCAAGGAACCGGAACCUGGUGAAUGGUGAGAAGGACAAUUAUAACCUCACACACCAACCUGAUUUUUUUCCAGUACUAUGCAGGUGUAAAUAAGGUUACUUUGAACAUUCAACCGAACCUUGGACUUUUUUUUAAUAAUACUGUAGCAGACUGCGAAAAAUUUGCGCGGGAAUUUUAAAUUUUUAAAUAGAGAAGUUGCAUUUUUUUUUAAUUUUACUAUUUUUAAAAAGUUUAGUUGAAGUUAUUAAGGAGAUUUGAGCGAAUCUAAUGUAAAAAAUAAUUUCCAACUUUGAGCUUUGAAAUUGAGUAUACGUAUAAAUAAAUACG